AUGGGCUGUUCUGCCAGUGUCGUCUUACUUCUACGCUCAGUGGGUGGGGCAGACUGCGGCCACAUGUGUUCACGGCAGGACCAAGCGUCAAUGGAUGCUGCAACACCCACCCUGGAAGGCUACACAACUGUCAGCUCACCUCUGACCAUCAUUGUCAUGCAAGAGAAGCCCAAACUGAUUGAUCCACUUGACUAUGAGGCUGUCAUCUCAGAACUGGGAGCAGAGCUUAAGCAAGACCCUCUUAGGGAGCUGCUGCUCUUUCCUGACAAUGAUUUCACAGUAUCCACAGUGCCCCAAGAGAGACGUACGCUCAGGUCAGCUGUUCCUGAGGGUGCAGAGUUACAGGCUGAAUGUCUGCUGGUCAGACAGGCCUGCAAGUAUUAUAACUCAGAUUUAAAUGUGGUCCAAUUCAAGUAUGACGACUAUGCUGGAGACUACCGCCUGCUGCCAAGGAAAUUAUACAAAGCAGAGAAGCUGCCGUCCCAUUCUUUUGAGAUCGACUAUGAGGACAUGGACAAAGAUGAGGACACCACCUCCCUGUCCUCUUCCAAAGGAGGAGGCGGAGGAGGCGGAGGGGGAGGAAUCGGUGUGUUUCGCUCGGGCUGGCUCUACAAGGGCAACUUUAACAGCACCGUCAACAAUAGCAUCACUGUCCGGUCCUUCAAGAGGAGGUACUUCCAGUUGACCCAGUUGACUGACAACUCCUACAUCAUGAACUUCUACAAAGACGAGAAGAUCUCCAAGGAACCCAAAGGCUGCAUCUUUCUUGACUCGUGUACAGGUGUUGUGCAGAAUAAUCGCUUGAGGAAGCACGCCUUUGAAUUGAAAAUGAACGAGGUCACCUACUUCGUGCUGGCCGCGGAGAACGAGCAGGACAUGGAGGAGUGGAUCAGUACCUUGACCCGGAUCUUACAGAUCACGCCGCACGACGGCCCGGCUCCGGACCGCAAGAGUCUGGAUCUGUCUGACCAUCGCCAGGAUGUAUUCGACAUGUCGUUGAGCGACGGUUGUUUGCAGGAGAACGAAGAUGCCACAGAAAAUGGCAUCAACCCUGAGCUAGCUAAGUAUAUCUCAGAGACGGAUGAAGGAAUUCGUUGCGCCCGGAGGGAGGAGAGGUUGAACCUUUUCUCACUUGACCCUGACACCCCUGUUUUAAGGAGCCCGCGAGCCGAGCACUCAUCGAGUGAAAACCCAGUGCGUCCUUUCGAGGAGAAACUUGGCAGAAGAUUCAUGGUUACGUGUCGAUCGCUGAACUUCAUGUUGCAGGGCUGCAUCAAUGAGAAUGAAACAGUACCUGUCACAAAUAUCGAGCCUUUCUUUGUGUCAUUAUCACUGUUGGACAUUCGAGAUGGCAGGAAGGUUUCUGCCGACUUCCACGUGGACCUCAACCACGAGGCGGUGCGUCUAAUGCUCGGCGGAGUUGCUUCUGGAGCUCAGGAAAACGGUGUGUGCGUCACUGGGGAUAAGAAUUCAGUAGACAGUCAUCCGAGCCUGGACCUGGAACACUGGCUAUGCUUUCCCAAACAGGCACUAUUUUCUGUGACCAACCCACACACUGACAUAGUGAUGGUCGCCAGAAUAGAGAAGGUGCUGAUGGGAAAUAUUGCUUGCGGGACCGAGCCAUACAUCAAAAACACGGACUCCAGCAAGAUUGUCCAGAAGAUCUUAAAAUCCAAUAAACAGUUCUGUGCUAAAUUGGGAAAGUACCGAAUGCCAUUUGCUUGGUCCGUCAGGUCAAUUUUCAAGGACAACCAGGGGGCACUUGAUCGAGAAUCUCGGUUUUCCCCGCUGUUCAAACAGGAGAGCAACAAAAUUUCCACUGAAGACUUGAUCAAACUCGUAUCAGAGUACAGAAGGGCAGAGAAGAACAGUAAGUUGCAGACUAUACCUGGGACUUUGGACAUUAUAGUGGACUAUGUUCCCCUGGAGCUUCCAAACUGUGUGACAUCCUCCUACAUCCCCGUGAAGCCAUUUGAGGAUCUGAGCAAACAGCAGCCCACUGUAGAGGUGGAGGAGUUCAUCCAGGACACCACCAAGUUCACUCAGCCAUACCGCGUCUACAGAAAUCACAUCUACAUUUACCCCAAGCAUCUGAAAUACGACAGCCAGAAGAGCUUCGCCAAGGCUCGUAAUCUUGCCGUCUACGUGGAGUUCCGCAGCUCAGAUGAAGAAUCUGCCAAAUCUUUAAAGUGCAUUUAUGGCAAGCCCGGGGGUCCGUUACUCACCUCAGCAGCGUGUUCCACUGUCCUGCAUCACUCUCAGAACCCUGACUUCUACGAUGAGGUGAAGAUUGAGCUCCCUACCCAGCUUCACGAAAAGCAUCAUUUGCUCUUCUCAUUUUACCAUGUGACAUGUGACAUCAAUGCUAAGACAAACGCAAAGAGGAAAGAAGCCCUGGAAACCCCUGUUGGUUACUCUUGGUUGCCUGUUCUCAAAGAAGGGCGUCUAUCAUCCCAGGAGUUCAGCAUCUCAGUCUCCAGUAACCUGCCUCCUGGUUACCUAGGCAUCAAAGAGGCCAACAACACCAAAAAUGGAGCUGAUGUAAAAUGGGUCGAUGGGGCAAAGGCAAUCUUUAAAGUUUCUACUAAUGUCGUGUCAACUGUGUACACUCAGGACCCCCACCUGAACCGCUUCUUUCAGCAGUGCCAGAAAAGAGAGCUGGACCUCUCGCUACCUCCUACCUCUAACUUCCUCAACUGCCUGAAGGGUCUCCUCAGUAUGGAGAGAAUUCCAGUGAUCAUCAGGUUUCUGCCGGUGCUUUUCAACCAGCUCUUCAAGGUUCUUACUCAGAAUGACAACGACGAGGUCACUACUGCCACCACCAGAGUGCUAGUCCACAUUGUUUCCAAGUGCCAUGAGGAAAACCUUGAUCACUAUCUACACUCCUAUAUAAAGUAUGUGUUCAAGUCGGAGGCUCACGGCUUCAGGACGGUGCAUGAGGAGUUGGCUAAAGGCAUGACCUUUGACCUGAAGAGCAACGAGCAAACAGCAGUUAGGAAUGCCUUGAAGUUUUCCUGGUUCUUCUUUGAACUAAUUGUGAAGUCCAUGGCCCAACAUUUGGUUGACGCAGACAAAGUAAAGCUACCCAGGCCACAGCGUUUCCCUUCGUCCUACCAAAGCCGUGUGGAGACCUUGGUGCAAACAGUGUCGGACCACAUCUUCUGGAAGAACAAAGACCUGGCAGAGGAGUCACGCAGUGCCAACUCAGCUGUGGCAGUUUUUGUCAAGCGUUGCUUCACUCUGAUGGACCGAGGUUUCACCUUCAAACUGAUCAGCAACUACAUUAACAUGAUCACUGCAACUGACAAUAAGGUGUUGUGUGAGUUGAAGUUUGAGUUUCUGAGAGAGGUGUGUAACCAUGAGCACUACAUCCCCCUCAGCCUGCCAUUGCCAUCCGCUCGCAUCUCAGACCAUGCAUCCCCAGAGCCACAAAGCACUUAUGCCUCGGUGCCAGAGUAUAACCUGACAGGAGAAUUCUGCAGGAAGCACUUCCUCACAGGGCUGUUAUUACGAGAACUGGGGCUGGCCUUGCAAGACGAGCAGGACCUCAGACACUUGGCAUUGGCAACUUUGAAGACCCUCAUGGCCAAACACUCCCUGGAUGCACGCUAUGCUACCAAGGAGAAGCAGGCAAGAAUCGCAUCGCUCUACCUGCCUCUGUAUGGUCUGAUCCUGGACAACAUGCCUCGCUUCUUCCUCAGGGAUCUUUUCCCCAUUUACUUGACCUCUAGUGAUCAGGGCUCUCGGGACGACCUCAGCGUAGGGGGAGGCAUGGCAGGAGCCCCUCUGCCUGUUACCCGCCAUGGCAACUCAGUGGAUGCGUCCUUCUCUAAAGAGGUGCUCAACUCUAUCACAGCUUUCUCGUCAUUGGCAGUUGCUUCGGGCAACCAAACAGACUCUCGAGGCUCCUUGAUCAGCGUGGACUCCAACCCCAGCAACAGUGACAGGAACAGUGAGAGGAUGGAUGGUUGUGAGAAGUUUGCUAGGCCUCAGUCGCUCAUAGGCUACGGGUCUCGCUGUGACAAGCUGGACCAGGCUGAGACGCGCAGCCUUCUCAUGUGCUUUUUGCACAUCAUGAAAACAAUAUCUGAAGAUGUACUGGUUUCCUACUGGCACCGGGCCAUUCAUCAGGAGAUUUCGGACUUCUUUAAAAUAUUAGAGCUUUGUCUGCAGCACUUCAGGUUCAUGGGCAAGCGCCACAUAGCCAGGAAGCUAGCAGCGGCGCUAAAGCUGGCCCAGUCCACCCACUCCAAUGGCACCCUGAAGGUCCCUAACCAUCACACCCAGACCUCAAGCCUCCUCCCACAAUGGAUGGCUUCUUCAGGAGGAGAGGGUCACCGCCAGGCUCGUUCCCAAACUAUGCCCAUCAUCCGGGGCAAGAACGCUCUCACCAACCCCAAACUGCUGCAGAUGAUGGAGACGGAUGGGAAUAUUCAGGAUGGGGACAGUCUGAGUCCCACUGAUGUUGAAGCGAACUUGUCUACUGAGGUGGCACUCACUGUGCUUGAUGUGCUGGAGCUCUUUGUUCACUAUCACAAGAAGCAGUUGCUGAUGGACGAUGGACAGAAUGCACUGAUGAAGAAGGUGCUGGACACCUACUUGCUCUUCUUUCAGAUUAACCAAUCAACUGCUACUCUUCGCCAUGUCUUUGCUGCUCUCAGGCUCUUUGUACAAAAGUUCCCCAGUGCGUUCUUUCAAGGCAAGGCGGACCUCUGCGGCUGCCUUUGCUAUGAGAUCCUCAAAUGCUGCAACCAUCGUUCUAGCUCCACUCAGACUGAGGCAGCGGCCCUGCUAUAUUUUGUCAUGAGAAAAAACUUUGAGUUUACCAAGGGGAAGUCAAUAGUGCGCUCGCAUCUUCAAGUGAUUAAAGCAGUGAGCCAGUUGAUAGCCGAUGCUGGCAUUGGAGGCUCAAGAUUUCAGCAAUCACUCGCAAUUGUUAAUAAUUUUGCCAAUGGAGAUGCUCCACUCAAGAAUUCUCCUUUUCCAGCUGAGGUUAAAGACCUGACCAAGAGGGUAAGGACAGUGCUAAUGGCCACGGCUCAAAUGAAGGAGCAUGAGAAGGAUCCGGAGAUGCUGGUGGACCUUCAAUACAGUUUGGCCAACUCGUACGCCAGCACACCUGAACUGCGACGCACUUGGCUGGAGAGCAUGGCCAAGGUUCACGUCCGCAAUGGGGAUCUUUCUGAGGCCGCCAUGUGCUACAUCCACAUCUCUGCUCUGAUUGCCGAGUCACUUAAGAGGAGAGGCUACUGGAGAGCAGACAAGACCCGGGUAUCCACUGUGUCCCCUGAAGAAAGUCCCGUCUUUAAAUGUAGCUCCUUACUAACUACCUCCCGAGACCAAGACACAUCAUUUUCUCUGGGCUGGGCGGCCUUUAUGUGCAUCAGCCCGAAUGUCAAGGAGGAGGGAGCCAUGAAGGAAGACGCGGGUACACAAGACACCCCUUAUACUGAGGACACCUUGGUGGAGCAGCUGGAACUUUGCGUGGACUACCUGUGGAAGUCAGAGAGACACGAGCUUAUUGCCGACAUCAACAAGCCUGUCAUCGUGGUUUUCGAGAAAAGGAGAGACUUCAAGAGACUGUCAGAACUAUACUACGACAUCCAUCGUUCUUACUUGAAGGUGACAGAGGUUGUGAACUCGGAGAAACGGCUAUUCGGACGCUACUAUCGUGUAGCGUUCUAUGGACAGGGUUUCUUUGAGGAGGAGGAGAGCAAGGAGUUCAUCUACAAGGAGCCAAAGCUGACCGGUCUGUCUGAGAUCUCCCAGAGGUUGCUUAAACUCUACUCAGACAAAUUUGGAGCUGAUAAUGUCAAAAUGAUCCAGGAUUCCAAUAGGGUCAAUCCCAAAGACUUGGACCCAAAGUUCGCAUACAUUCAGGUGACAUAUGUGUUGCCUUACUUUGACGAGAAGGAACAGCAGGACAAAAGGACGGACUUUGAAAGGCAUCAUAACAUCAACCGCUUUGUUUUCGAAACACCCUUCACACUCUCUGGGAAGAAACACGGUGAUGUGGAGGAGCAGUGCAAAAGGCGUACAAUUUUAACCACGAGUUCUAGCUUCCCAUAUCUGAAAAAGCGCAUCCAGGUGGUGGAGCAGCAGAGUACGGAAAUGAACCCUAUCGAAGUGGCCAUCGAUGAGAUGUCCCGUAAAGUAUCUGAGCUCAACCAGCUGUGUAACAUGGAGGAGGUGGACAUGAUACGACUGCAGCUCAAACUGCAGGGAAGCGUCAGCGCCAAAGUGAAUGCUGGUCCGAUGGCUUACGCCAGGGCCUUUUUAGAAGAGAAAAAUGCCAAAAAGUAUCCAGACAACCAGGUUAAACUAUUAAAGGAGAUCUUCAGGCAAUUUGCAGAAGCAUGUGGUCAGGCGUUAGAUGUGAACGAGCGUCUGAUCAAGGAGGAUCAGCUGGAGUACCAGGAGGAGAUGCGAGCUCACUACAGGGACAUGCUGAGCGAACUGUGUGCCAUCAUGAACGAGCAGAUCCCUCAUUCAAGGCAGCCAGGAACGGAGCGCCACAGCGGCUUCUGA